AUGUCCGUCUCUCUGCUCGUGAAGCGCCGUCCGCGUCGGGCCACAGUGCUGCUUGUGCUUGCGUCGCUGACGCUUCUUCUCGUUUCCGCUGCGCGUUGUGCGAAUUCAGCGCGUGAGGUGCCGCCUGCUGUGGAGCACAGCAAGGACCCGUACGCCUACCUCGACAUGCUCGAUGAGGUGGACCUGCAACAAAUGCUAUACGAAAAGACGCAUGGGCAGGUCCAGGUGAGCGCCUUCCGAAACAAGAAGGAGCUCGUUGCCGCAGUGCGCCAGAUCGAGGAGCGCGAGGACGCGGAGGCCAGCUUCAACGAGCGUGUUAUGGCGGCAAUGCAGCGCAAGGCCGCCCUGACGCACCAGAACAGCGGCGCAGAUGCCCCAUCGGCGAAAGCUGGUAGUCGGGUGUCGUCGUCGUCCUCGCGGCAUCACCGAAGCGCGGCUGAGGAGAAGAAUAACAUUAAGCACAGUAAGGAGCAAAACACGCGAAAGGCAGUACAACUAAUGGAUGAAGAAGACGUGAUGAAGGCACAGGAUGGGCCGAGUCACAGUCAAGAGAAAGCUCGCGCAGCCGAUGUAUCUGCAGCUGGUGGUGGUGCUGGAUACGCAGGCGCGAAGAAAGCGCGGCCCACUCGGCAACCCUCUGCAGUGCAUGAGUUAAAAGUGCUGUACUGCACCGGAUGA